AUGAGUCAAGAUUUAUUUACGAACCCAUUUGGAAUUCCUCCACCAUCUGAUGAUUCUGAUGCUUCCUUAAGCCGUUUCAUAGCUGAAUUCUCACAGGCGAUUCCCCAGGAUCAGUUUGAUUCGUUUAGAAGCAAGUUGACGAGCCUUUAUGAAGCAGUUGCAUCCAAACUUCGAGGAGAGACUCGUCCACAAGAUGACAUGUCUGAAAUUCGUGGGAUGCUUCAAGCUCUUUACCAGAAGGUUAAUAACCUAGAAGAAGGACAAUCUAGCCUCAGAGAAGAUAUGAUUCAAGGACAAAAUAGCCUCAGAGAAGAUAUGAUUCAAGGACAAAAUAGCCUCAGAGAAGUUAUGAUUCAAGGACAACGCAGAUUAGAAGGUCAGCUUGGAUCUGUCAACAACAACGUUCAAGUUAAUAAAGGUGAUGCCUAUUUACAAUGUAGCGAAAUUGAUUCCAAAGUUAACAAGACAAGAUCUUCAGCACAGAGAUCUGAAAAUAUUAUUAAUCGAUUUGUUGCGAAAGAUACAAAACCGAUUCCAUUUGUUAAUGGACAGGAACCUCCUGCUGAGCUACCUGAGUUAAAAACUAUCUCCGACGUUGACAAUUUGAAUCCACAGCAACUGAAAACGUAUGCGGAGGGAUAUGGGUUUAAGUAUGACGAGAAUGAGCCUCAAAAGUCUCUUAAAAGAAAAAUCGCAGACUAUGCUGGUUUUGUUACUCACCAGGAUAUUUUAUACGAAUUGUCAGACAGCAAUGAAUCCCUUCGAGACGUAGGAAACCAAAAUAGUGCACCAAAUCAACGGGCAGGUACACGCAGGCCUCGUCAUCAUUGAUAAAUGUUACGAGCAGAACAGAAUUUUUCUUCUCUUCUCUUCUUAUUAUAAAGCUUAUUUAAAGCUUUUUAACUUUUGCUGUUGAAGAUUAAAACUCUCACUUUCCUAAGCAUUUUUAUUUCGGGUAAUGCCUAUUCCUAUUCGCCAUAUUAGGCUUUUUAGAAUCGCAUAAUUAUCCUGUAUGACUUUAAAAAAGAAAAUGGAUCCUCUCUCUCUCUUUUUCCCAGUUCUAUCGAAGAUGAGAGUUAUCCCUUAUGGUUGAUGGUUCUUAAUAGUAACUUAUUCAAAACAGAGAAACUUCUUACUAAGGAAGUAAGUUUACCGUUGAUAACUUUUCCAAUCAAUCUCUCAAUGUAUUGAAAAGAUUCUAUUCAUUUUUCUAAAACCCAAAAAGUUGAUCAACACUUCUUUAGAGGGGUUUUGGCAAAAGUCAGCGGAUGUUGUCACAAUUUCUAUUCUUUACGAGAACUCAAGAGAUUCAUAAAACAAGUGUUUCUAUGAAUCGUUUUCGAGGAAAAUGCAUCCCAAUCAGAAGUAUUCUCCCUACAAACAGUUUGGUAAAGCUAACCAUACCUAGGCGAAAACACCAGUUCCCGUCCGAUCACUGCAGUUCAGUGUCUGAGGAUCUUGUGAUUAAUAUGCUCCGAAAAAACAUUGGAAUCCAAGGUCCUGUUGGCUAUUUGUUCUCCUGCUUUCUUUUUUAGAAGUUUUUACGUCGUGCUGUUUACGGGCUUGCCGAUGAAUGAAAUGCUACCGUUCAUCCUAUAUGAACGUUCGUAGCGUUUAUAUCGUGCUAAAGAGGUGCUACUCAUAUUACGAUAAACUACACAACACUAAGCUUACAUACAGUCUUCAUCGUUGAAUAACAAACUCGGCUUCCACUCGACAGGUUCCAGAAAAACAACAUUCUAUAUGGAUCCAUAAUUAUUGCAACAUUCAACAGCAUUUUCGACAAUUUCAUUUAAUUCUCUUGUUUUAUUCUAGUAUUAAUUUGGUUUAAAUGUUUCAUUAAUUUCAUAAAGAGUUAAAAAAACAACGUAACUUAACAAAAAAAUUACAGCAUGAACGCCAUCCCAACUUGGAACAACGUUCAUUAGCGUUCACUCCGCCCAACAGCGCACUGAAUCUUAACUUAGAUGCAGCGUUAUCACAUCAGCGUUCAUUAUUAUGACCUCUCGCUCCCUUUAGUUUAGAAUGUUAGUCCUAUGAAACACUGCAUACAGAAUUCAUUCCAUAUCUAUGCUUUGAAGGUACGUAACAUCCAUAAUGUCAAUAGGCUAGGCAUAUGGAAAUGCACAAAAACACAAGUGCAUAAUGAAGCGAUUUUUUUCUUUAUUACUUCAUCUCAUCUACUCCGAGACAUUGUUCGACCACAAGCUUAUAGCAACGACCAUGCUUUCCCACCUGUUCAUUAUGCGUACAAGCCUCAGCAAUUACACUUCCAUCAAAUACAAAAAUACAUUCAGCAUGUUGAAUGGACGUUAAUCGAUGAGCUAUGGCUACAGUGAUUUUAGGACUCCGAUCAAGGCACGGGCAAUAGCUAUUCUUUGUUUCUUUCCGCCUGAAUUCUGCCCUGAAAGCGUUUCAUAACCAUUAGGCAAAUAUCCAUGAUAAAAUCAUGGAUAUUUGCCAUUUUACAGCAUUUAAUAAUUUAUUGAUCCGUGAAGUACCAAGAAAAAUAUUCUCUCGAAUAGUUCCCUGGUAUAAAGUCGGCUCUUGCGAUACAAGUGCUAUCUGCUUACGGUAGUCAUCGAUGUUAUAAUCACGGAUAUCGACACCACCAACUACUACAGAUCCUUUUUUGCGGUUAUAGAAGCGUUGAUUAAAGCAGUUGUUGUUGAAUUAUCACAUCCAGAAGCAGCAACAAAGGCAACAAAUUGACGAGCUUUAACUGUCAAGUUGAGACCAUGAAGCACUUGGAUGUGAUUUCUCGUGGGAUACAGGAAGUUAACAUAUUAAAUACGAUGGAAGAGUCUUCCAAAGACUCGCUUACGUCCUUCUUCAGACCAGGUAUCAAUUUUGGUCUGCUAUCACGCAAAUACUUAAUCGGUCCAGAGCUUGAUUUGGCCUUCGAAACGCCAGAAGCAUAGCCAAUAAAUUGUCCAGCUUGUUGGUUACCAAAAACAAUAGAAUUAAAACAGGUGUAAAAUUGGACCAAAUUAUAUUCACAUUUCUCAUCAGUGUAGUACCAUACCAAAAAGCCAGUGCAUUGACAAAAAUACGUCACGGCUUGCGACGCAGGAAAGAAUAAACCAGAUAUCAAAGAUGAUAUAGCCGUUUUUCUACCAAGUUGAACUAAUGAUGCCAGUAAUGUUCAUAUACCUUCGAUUCUCUCGUGAGACUCGCAACCGUCCUGAUGGCUGAUGUAGAUUCACAAGCAUAUGCAGCAGACGAUUUGUAUGAUUCUGACAAAUGUUUUUCCUGAAUCUUAUCCAAUGUAGCAACCAUAUAAUAGCCAGCAGCAAUAAUAAUAGUAGAAGUGACUAAUGUAACCAAAGCCAACUUCCAUCGAGUGGCCAGUGAAAGAAUUGAGACAGAAACUACGUCUAAGAAUUUGUACGAAGGUUCCGAGAUAAGGUUCUUUCAAUCAUUCCAAAUCCUGGAUGGAAAUUGAAAGUGACGCAGUUAAAGC